CUAUUUGCUGCUUCUCUCUAUUCAUGUCGGCCUGCAUGAGUUCAUUUGGUCGGUACACCGUUAACAAAUUUCUUUGAUUCUUCUCAAUUCUUCAGGUUGUGGAAAUAAAACUUUAAUAUAUUAGUGGAUAUCAGAAUCUAGCAAGAUGUCGCAAGUUUUGCCCAUCCGUUUUCAGGAGCAUUUGCAGCUCCAGAAUCUGGGCAUCAAUGCCGCCAACAUCGGAUUCAGCACCCUGACCAUGGAGUCGGACAAGUUCAUCUGCGUGAGGGAGAAGGUAGGUGACCAGGCCCAGGUGGUCAUCAUCGACCUCAACGACUCCGCAAACCCCAUCAGAAGACCUAUCUCUGCAGACUCAGCCAUCAUGAACCCUGCCAGCAAGGUCAUUGCCCUCAAAGCUGGCCGCACCCUCCAGAUCUUCAACAUUGAGAUGAAGAGCAAGAUGAAGGCCCACACGAUGACGGAGGAAGUCACCUUCUGGAAGUGGAUCAAUGUGAACACUAUCGGUUUGGUGACGGAUACCACCGUCUACCAUUGGGGCAUGGAGGGCGACUCCCAGCCUAUCAAGGCAUUUGACCGUCACUCUAGCUUGGCUGGAUGUCAGAUCAUCAACUACAGGACGGACGCCAAGAUGCAGUGGCUGCUGCUCAUUGGUAUCUCAGCGCAGAUUGGAAAAGAACAGGAAUCCGUUCCUCAGCAAAACCGUGUUGUUGGAGCGAUGCAGUUGUACUCCGUGGAACGCAAGGUCAGCCAGCCGAUCGAGGGUCACGCUGCGUGCUUCACGUCCUUCAAAUUAGAGAACAACCCAGAGCUGUCCACUCUCUUCUGCUUUGGUGUCCGUGGUGCUGCAGGCGGCAAGCUGCACAUCAUUGAAGUUGGUUCCCCAGCCACAGGCAAUCAGCCAUUCACCAAGAAGGCCGUUGAGCUGUUUUUCCCACCAGAAGCCCAGAGUGAUUUCCCUGUAGCCAUGCAAGUAAGUCCCAAACACAAUGUCAUCUUCCUCAUUACCAAGUACGGCUACGUCCACCUGUACGACGUAGAGACAGCAACCUGUAUCUACAUGAACCGUAUCAGCGGUGAGACCAUCUUUGUGACCGCGGCGCAUGAGACGACUGCUGGUAUCAUCGGUGUGAACAGGAAAGGACAGGUUCUGACAGUGAGUGUUGAUGAUGAGAACAUCGUUCCCUACAUCACCAACAAUCUCCAGAACCCAGACCUGGCCCUGCGUAUCGCUGUCCGUAACAACCUGUCUGGUGCCGAAGACCUCUUUGUACGCAAGUUCAACACCCUGUUCCAGCAGGGCAACUACUCUGAGGCUGCUAAAGUGGCUGCCAAUGCACCAAAGGGUAUCCUGAGGACCCCUCAGACCAUUCAGAGGUUCCAGCAGGUUCCCACCCAGCCAGGCCAGACCUCACCCCUCCUGCAAUACUUUGGUAUCCUGCUAGACCAGGGUCAGCUCAACAAGUAUGAGUCUCUGGAGUUGUGUCGUCCAGUCCUGCAGCAGGGGCGCAAGCAGCUGCUCGAGAAGUGGCUCAAGGAAGACAAGCUUGAAUGCAGCGAGGAGCUUGGUGACCUGGUCAAGGCUCAUGACCCAACGUUGGCCCUCUCUGUCUAUCUCCGUGCCAGUGUACCAAACAAGGUGAUCCAAUGCUUUGCUGAGACUGGCCAGUUCCAGAAGAUUGUUCUGUAUGCCAAGAAGGUGAACUUCACCCCAGACUAUGUGUUCCUUCUGCGUAACGUGAUGCGUGUCAACCCAGACCAGGGAGCCGGUUUCGCCCAGAUGCUGGUCCAAGACGAGGAACCGCUCGCUGAUAUCAACAUGAUCGUGGAUGUGUUCAUGGAGCAGAACCUUGUCCAGCCCUGCACCUCGUUCCUCCUAGACGCCCUGAAGAACAACCGCCCCGCCGAGGGUCACCUGCAGACCCGUCUCCUGGAGAUGAACCUCCUCUCUGCCCCUCAGGUCGCCGAUGCUAUACUGGGCAACCAGAUGUUCACCCACUAUGACCGCGCCCACAUCGCCCAGCUCUGCGAGAAGGCUGGUCUUCUACAGAGGGCCCUUGAGCAUUACACAGACCUGUAUGACAUCAAGAGGGCUGUAGUACACACCCAUCUACUUAACCCAGAGUGGCUAGUCAACUACUUUGGCUCACUGUCUGUUGAGGACUCCCUGGAAUGCAUCAAGGCCAUGAUGACUGCCAACAUCCGCCAGAACCUCCAGAUCUGUGUCCAGGUGGCCACCAAGUACCAUGAACAGUUGACCACCACAUCCCUGAUCGAUAUCUUUGAGACCUUCAAGAGCUACGAGGGUCUCUUCUACUUCUUGGGCUCCAUCGUCAACUUCAGCCAGGACUCCGAUGUCCACUUCAAGUAUAUCCAGUCUGCCUGCAAGACCGGUCAGAUCAAGGAGGUGGAGCGUAUCUGCAGAGAGAGCAACUGCUACGAUCCUGAACGUGUCAAGAACUUCCUGAAGGAGGCCAAGCUCACCGAUCAGCUCCCUCUUAUCAUCGUCUGCGAUCGCUUUGACUUUGUCCAUGAUCUAGUGCUCUACCUGUACCGCAACAACCUGCAGAAGUACAUUGAGAUCUACGUGCAGAAGGUGAACCCAUCCCGUCUGCCUGUGGUCAUCGGUGGCCUGCUCGAUGUUGACUGCUCAGAGGACAUCAUCAAGAGCUUGAUCAUGGUGGUCAGGGGCCAGUUCUCUACCGAUGAGCUGGUGGAGGAGGUGGAGAAGCGUAAUCGCCUCAAGCUCCUCCUGCCCUGGCUGGAGACCCGCAUCCAUGAGGGAAGCACCGAGCCGGCAACCCACAACGCCCUGGCUAAGAUCUACAUCGAUAGCAACAACAACCCGGAGCGGUUCCUCAGAGAAAACCAGUUCUACGAUAGCCGUGUCGUCGGCAAGUACUGCGAGAAGCGCGACCCUCACCUGGCCUGUGUGGCUUACGAGCGAGGGCAGUGUGACCGAGAGCUCAUCAACGUGUGUAACGAGAACUCCCUGUUCAAGAGCGAAGCCCGCUACUUGGUGAGACGACGGGAUCAGGAGCUGUGGGCCGAGGUACUCCUGGAGGAUAACCCAUUCAGGAGACAACUCAUUGACCAGAUUGUCCAAACUGCCCUGUCAGAGACCCAAGAUCCAGAAGAUAUAUCCGUGACUGUGAAAGCUUUCAUGACUGCCGAUCUGCCAAACGAACUGAUUGAACUCCUAGAAAAGAUUGUGCUGGAGAACUCUGUCUUCAGUGAUCACAGGAACCUUCAGAACCUGUUGAUCCUAACGGCUAUCAAGGCAGACCGUACCCGUGUCAUGGAGUACAUCAACCGCCUGGACAACUAUGAUGCUCCAGACAUCGCAAACAUUGCUAUCGAUAGCGAACUCUUUGAGGAAGCAUUCGCCAUCUUUAGGAAAUUUGAUGUCAACACAUCUGCUAUUCAAGUCCUGAUCGAGCACAUAAAGAAUCUAGACCGGGCCUACGAGUUUGCGGAGAGGUGCAACGAGCCGGACGUGUGGAGUCAGUUGGCUGCUGCCCAGAUCAAGGCUGGCAUGGUCAAGGAGGCAAUUGAUUCCUACAUCAAGGCUAACGACCCCUCCACCUACCUGGAGGUCGUAGAAGCUGCUUCAGAGUCAGGGAACUGGGAGGACUUGGUACGCUACUUGCAGAUGGCUCGCAAGAAGGCCCGCGAUGCCUACGUUGAGACCGAGCUUAUCUUUGCUUUCGCCAAGACAAACCGUCUCGCUGAUCUUGAGGAGUUCAUCUCAGGGCCUAACCAUGCGCAGAUCCAACAGGUUGGUGACAGGUGUUAUAAUGAAGGCAUGUAUGAAGCAGCCAAGUUGCUCUUCAACAAUGUCUCCAACUUUGCUCGCCUGGCAUCCACGCUCGUUCAUCUCGGUGAAUACCAGGCUGCUGUCGACAGCGCUCGCAAGGCUAACAGCACCCGCACAUGGAAAGAGGUAUGCUUCUCUUGCGUUGACGGCGAGGAGUUCCGUCUGGCCCAGAUGUGCGGUCUCCACAUCGUGGUCCACGCCGACGAACUGGAAGAGCUCAUCAACUACUACCAGGACCGGGGCUACUUUGAGGAACUGAUCCAGCUCCUCGAGGCUGCGCUGGGCUUGGAGCGGGCACAUAUGGGCAUGUUCACCGAGUUGGCUAUCCUCUACUCUAAAUAUAAACCAUCCAAGAUGAGGGAACAUCUGGAGCUCUUCUGGUCACGUGUCAACAUUCCAAAGGUCCUUCGUGCAGCAGAGCAAGCUCACCUCUGGGCGGAGCUGGUGUUCCUCUACGACAAGUACGAGGAGUUUGACAACGCCAUAGUCACCAUGAUGACACACCCCACUGAUGCAUGGAGAGAAACUCACUUCAAAGAUGUCAUCACUAAGGUUGCCAACAUUGAGCUGUACUACAAGGCUAUCCAAUUCUAUCUGGACUACAAGCCCAUGAUGCUCAACGACCUCCUGGUAGUACUCAUUCCUCGCAUGGACCACACCCGAGCUGUAGGACUCUUUGAGAAGCUCAGCCAACUGCCACUGGUCAAACCUUACCUCAGACAAGUACAGAGUCACAACAAUAAGGCGAUAAACGAUGCCCUGAAUGAUCUCCUGAUCGAGGAGGAAGACUACCAGGGCCUGAGGGCGUCCAUCGAUGCCUUUGACAACUUUGACAACAUCGCCCUGGCCCAGAACCUAGAGAAACAUGAACUGAUUGAAUUCCGUCGCAUUGCUGCUUACCUCUACAAGCGCAACAACCGCUGGAAGCAAGCUGUGGAGCUCUGCAAGAAGGAUAGGUUAUUCAAGGAUGCAAUGCAAUAUGCCUGUGAGUCGAGGAAUAUCGACAUCGCAGAGGAGCUUGUGAACUGGUUCCUUGAGCAGAACAACCAUGAGUGCUUCAGUGCAUCACUCUUCAACUGCUACGAUCUCCUGCGUCCAGACGUGAUCCUGGAGCUCUCCUGGAGGCACGACAUCAUGAACUUUGCCAUGCCCUACAUGGUCCAGGUCAUGAGAGAAUACUUGGGAAAGGUUGAUAGACUGACUGAGUCAGAGAAGGAGAGGAAAGAAGAGGAGCAGUCAAACGAAAACCAACCCCUCGUAUACAAUGAGCCUACGCUCAUGAUCACCGCCGGUCCCGGUAUUGCACCAGGCAUGCCAGCAGGGAUGCCAGCAGGGAUGCCUCCUCAACCAGGUAUGAUACCAGCAGGUAUGAUGCCUGGUAUGGCACCGGGUAUGGCUAUGGCCGGUGCACAAGCCGGCUACUACGGUAUGUAACACAUGUAAUCAACCUGCACCGGCGGUACCAUAUAACCCAACCACCGGUACACUAACCAACGCCUCCGGUACCAAAUAUAUAGACAUGGGUGGUACCUGAAAUUCUUUUAUUGCAGUACCGAACGCUUCGCUCAGCCAGCAAGUGCAUCUUUCUACGAGAUGAAGUGAGAUGGGAUAGGCCGUUCUGGAUGACGAUUGUUUUAUGGAAAAUGAUAUAUGAUGAACUGGAUUUGCAGAUUUUAUAUGUAUGCUGUAUACAGAGAUGUACAAAUCAAUGUAGAAACAUAUGCUAAGAUCCGACUUAGCAUCUCAAACUGGCUAAUACUCACAGGCGGAAACUACUGGUCACAUAAAAAAAUGGAUACCUAAAUUUGUGAUAUAUAUAUAGUUAUAACCAUGAUUAUGUGCAAGUCAUUUAAUAGAAUUGAACGUUAAUAAAAAAAAAAGGGGAAAAGGAGCUAAUGUAUGAAUUUAUAAAAAGAAUAAGUAGAAGAACGAAAAUUGGAAAAGGUAGAAGUGAGACAAAGGGAGCAGAUUUAGUGCUUUCCUUCUCAUCUUUGGUCCAAAAAUACCAUAGUUUAUCAGAGUAGACUUAGAUUUGUCAAGAUUUAGUUUUUAUCUAUGUUCAUGCAUAUCAUUUCAGUUUGUUUCCUAUUACCUUUUUGUAAUAUCUAAUAGUGGAUUCAGAAACCAAACCAUUUUGCUUUCCAAUCAAUGUGAUAUUUAGUAAACUUAGUUAUAUAUUGUAUUUUUAUGUAAUUGAUAUUAUAUUAUGUGGUCCAUGAGAUGAGUUGGAUGAUUAUGAGAUGUUUGGCAGGCCAGAGAGAAAGAGAGAAAUAGAUUGUAUUGGAAGUAUUUUGCGAUAUUCUUGAAUUCAACGCCGAGCCAGAUGUGAAAACUGUUUUCUUUGUCAGCAUGUAUUAUAAGAGAAGACUCAAUGUGUUUGUUUUUUGCGAAGAUAAAUCAGAAUCGGGAGCAAUUUCUAAUGCUUAAAGCUGAAGGAGUGCCGUUCGUAUAUGACUGCUCCCAGAAAUUCCAGGGAAUCAAGUAUAGGUAGAUAUUGUGUUUCAUUUUAGGGGAUUCCCCCCGGUGUGUUUACAGGGGAAUACCCUUUGAGAAGAGAGAAUGAAGAGAUAUGGAAGGGUUUAGAAUGUACUGUUCUUUGUGUUUCUAAUUGUCAGUUCAUUGUCAUGCUUUGUAAAUGUCUGCAUAUGCUAGCCCAGCUUUUAUGAGAAAAGAUCUUGUAACUCGUCCAGAGGAAUACUAAUUCAAGAAUAUAUUAUGUUUUCAUUGAAGCCCAGCUUUUAAAUUCCACUAUAGUUUUAUCAUAAAUUCAAAAUUUAUUGCUUUAAUCAGAUUUUGAAAGCUUUCAUGAGAAUGAGAGAAAUAAUUGUAUUUACAAUCUGGAAUUUAAUUCGCAUUAACUUUAGACUAAUGAGAUCUCUGAUUAUGUUAAACAGAAAAGGAGCACAAAUUGAGUGAUGUAAUAUAAUAUGAUUAUUUAAGGGAGUCAAAAAUUCCCAGUAAUUUCAGGGAGAAAUGACAAAGGCGUGAAGGAGUUUGUUAAAUUUUGUGUUUCAUUUUAAACAGAAAUGUACAACUACUAGGAUAGACUGAAUGUAAGAUCACCCCCAGUGGAAGAUGAGAUAAUGAACACAUCACCAUGUUAUUACUAUGUAUCAUCUAGUCAUUUAUUGUCAAUAUUAACAAAUAGCAUUUAUUACAAUACCGAGCAUAGGUACAAUACACUUUUUAUUAUAUUUUGUUUUGUGAAGCUAUGAUAUAUUAUUUUGUGGACCCUCGUGGAAAACAUAGUCUAAUCAACUGAAUUCAUUCCUCAUUGUGGAAAACGUAGAGGUAAAAGAGUGUGAAAUAGUUUUGAAUGGUAUAUAUUUGAUAGACGGUGAAAGGAAUCGACAUGGACCAAUGGUAAUGAAAUGGAAUCGCCCUUCAAUGUGCUAACAACUAAAUAAAAAUAUUAUAUCCGACGUUUUCUUGCUGCAUUCUGGCUGCAGUAUUAGGUUUGGUAGUUCAUGACUUUCAAUUGAAACUGAGAGUUCUCUUCUAUUUUGUUCGAGAUGAUACAUGAGCUCCAAGAUAAGACACAUGCUGUCUUUAUUUUUUUGUUUUAAUAAAGGAAUAGUUUUCUAUAUUUUGUUUAGUAGAAGCAUGUGAUCAUACAUACCAAAUGAAGCAAAACCCUCACGUAACAUUGAAAAUUAAAAACUGAAAAACAUUUUGUUAAUUAUGGAGACCGUGAAUUGAAAUCGCCAGAAAAGAGUACGGUAGAUAGGUAACUAUUUGAAAAAACAUUUGAAAAUCUGAUUUAUCAGUUAUUUAAUGACAAAAGAACUGCCCCUUAAAUUUUAUAUGGUAGCAAAGCAUUUAUAUAUCAGGAAAUUGCUUGUGGAAAUGAAUGUUGGUAUAAAUGGUUAUCCCAAAAGAGAGUUUCUCUCUUUUGAUUUCAUUCAUUUUACAUGUGCGAACCUAUUUGUUACUUGCUGGCCCCAUCCAUAUUAAGAAUGUUGUUUUCCUGUCUCUCUUUGAUUAUAUGAGGGAACGAUACCGUACAAAUAAAUGUGAUAAACCCAGUAAUUAUAACACA